AUGCGAGCACACUGCAGCAUCGACGCCUACCGCGGCCAGGGAGGAGGCGCCCUGAAAUCCUCUUUCCUGGGCCUACAGCGGCAGCUUCCCUGCUGCCUUACCAUCCCCGCUUCCUCCGUGGCCUUCCCGUCCGGCGGGAAGGGGUUUCUCGUCUCCUGCCGGGCUGGUGGCGGCAGGAAGGGCGGCGAGGGGAGAAAGGGGGAGAGAGCCAGGGGGAAGAACGGCGGCGGCCUCCAGGGAGCAAAGGGGAAGGAGAAUGUGUGGAGCAUCGACAACGAUCUCGCAGCGAAGGCCGCCGAUGCGGAGAGGCGGCAGGAGGAGCCGAGGAGCCGGCGGAGGACGAGGACCCUCAAGGGGCCACGGAGGAAGGCCGGCUCUAGAGUUUUGGUCUCCGCGGCCAUGCUCAUGGAGGUCGAGACCGUUCUCCAGACUCAGGUCAGUGAUGGAUUCUCUCUGGCUGAACAGUUUCUUCGAGAUCUUCAUGUACUUAAGGCGGAACAGCCAUCUCUCUGGAUUCUGCUGAAUACUUUAUUUUGUUCCGUGUUUAACAUUUCGGUGAAUUUUGAUUCCCAAUCUGAGGUUCUUGGUGGAUAUUGUCCAGGAACCUGUGAUCAUACCGGUGUGGCCUACCUUCGCGAGCAGUCUGAGUGGGAUUUGGAAGGGAGUUGGGGCGGUGUUUUCCCCAAUAACUGCGGAGAUGGAGCCGAUCGGGAUCAGCAACAAGAGCGAGAAUCUCUACGACUGCUACGUUCUGUCUCGUGUUGAGGAAGUACCUUCCGGGGGCCAAGCUUCCGAGAUAAGGAGGAAGACGAACUGGGUGACUCUGAAUCCCUUGGGAGAGAGGGAGAAGCAUUUCCGACGGAGUGAAAAGAGUAAGGAGAGAGAGGAAUCAUCCCACGUUCUCCACUCGAGCCCUGAUCUGCCGAGCAUCGAGUCCUUCGAUCUAGGAAGGAGUGAGGUAAUGGAAGAAGAUCACCUCGGCAAGGAACCUGGUCUCGUUUUCUUCGAGGUAGACCUCCCUGAACCUUGCCCUUCAUAGCUUUCUAAGGUCUCCACCGAGGAACUUAAUGAAUUUCCUUGAACUGAAGAUUCCAGUGCUCUUAAUUAUACAAUUUCUCGAUCUUCCCUGACAUAUUUUUUCGCUAAAUUUUACAAUCAUAUGACACAAAAAAAGGGUAAUCAUUGAACACUUUUGGCCCAGGUAAUCAUUGAGCCCAGACCGUUCCUCCUGAAGAACGCAAUGAGUUCACUCUCCUGAAGAACGCAAUGUUACCCAGUUGCUCUCGAUUAUACAGUUUCUUGAUCUUCCCUCGCUUUCUUUUUUAAUAAACUGCCAUAAUCAUGUGAUAAAUUAGCCCUAUUUAGAAGUCACAUGAUGUACGAAUUCCUCUAUUAGAUAUGGAUUGAGAUCAGUCUUUGAUUCUUGCAUUAUUCAGAAGCUUCAUCUAACCAGGUUUGUGAGCAUGACGCAUUUCUCUUCUAUUACUAUGCUUGCCAGCUGUUUAUUUCCUUUUGUAGCAUUUAUUCAUACCUCAGAAAGACGUGGAUAAUAUCUGAUAUUAGCAUGUUUUCUUUCCAAAUACGGGCUUCACGCGGAGCCUUUUUGUAGUGGAUGGAGUCUUAGGUCCUUUUCAGUAAUUAACGAUGACACAAUCUUGGCUUGAUUGGGGAACAUGUAAAUAUAUUUUUUUUCUGUAUGAAGAAAAACUUGUAUUUAUCCAUCAGUGGUCUAAUUUUUGGUGUGUAAUAUAUCUAAAUCUAUAUCUAUAUAUCUAUAUAUAUAUAUGCAUUAAGUUGUGUGGUUUAUUUUUGACAUUUAUAGGAUGGAUCUUAUUCUAGAGGUCCAGUGGAGAUACCAGUUGGAGAUUACGACGAGUCCAAGUACUUCCUCUCCCCAACUUUCAAGUUUGAGCAAGUAAACUUUCCUCUCUACGGCUUUUUUUUCAUUCGAGUGUUUUUGAGGUUUUUAAAGAUCGUUUGAUCCGAUUUUCAGAGCAUCGAAUUUGUACUGUUUCUUGUUGUUAUUUUAAAAAUAAAAUGCCUCCAUAAAAAGUUGGUAUUUUGGGUAGAUGAUUAAUGAUCCGAGAGAAAUUAGUGAGAAAAAAUUGCAAACAUUUCAUCUUUAAAAAGGUGCGUGUAAUUUUUCUUGACAGAAGCAAUUUAGCGUGAGGAGUGUUAUUUUUCUUGAUUUAUUUGACACUUUAAAUAUGAUUCAAUAUUAUAUAAAAACCCAUCUUUCUAUUUCACAUGACUACUUAAAUUUUUCAGUAGAACUUUGAGAGCAAUUUUUUUUAAAAUUAUUUAUCUAUUGAAAAAUAUAGUAAAUCAUUAUUUACCUAGAUUCGAUCGUCCAAUUUCCCAAGUGAUGAGUGUUUCUUUACGACAUUUUAUUGGAGUUAAUGAACGACUCGGAAGGACUUUUGAGUGCGAAGGAUUUUUCUUGUGUGAAAUCAAGUUUGGCUAAGAAAUAAAUAAUGCUGGAAUCCAGUGUCUAGUCAAGGGAUGCCACAAGCGUCUCCGCAUCGUCCACACCAUCGAAUUCAGCCGAGGGGGAACCGACGUCCAGAUCAUAAGGGUCGCCGUGUUCGAGGAGGAGUGGAUCAGCCCGGUCAACUUCCCCGACGAGAGGUAGGCCUCGUAGACUUUUGACUCAUCUCCCCUCUCUCUCUCUCUCUCUCUCUCUCUCUCGGAGGAAACGUCAAACCCACCUUCUUCUUCUUCUUCUUCUUCCUCCUCGGUUAGCAGCGGGCCGCCGCUCGAUCUGAAGCCCUUCUCCCAGAGGCGGCGGACCCAGCCGUCUGACCUCGCCGGCGCCUGGAAGGUGUUCGAGAUCAGCUCCACCCCGAUCUUCAGCGAGGAGCAGGAAGACAACGGCGGCGGAGCGCCGCCGCACGUGUUCCUCUGCAUGGAGACCCUGAAGAAGCGUGGACUCCCCGACAGCCCGGUCUACUUCGGGGAGGAGGAGGUGGUUGACCUGCAGGACGUGACCGUCCUCUGGCUGCCCGGCGGCGUCACCGGCUACGUUGACGUCCGGCCCGACGGGGUCCUCUGCAUCGGCGUCGGCUGGUACUCCGACGAGGGGGUCAACCUCGUCAUGGAGAGGGACUAUGCCACCGACGGCAAGCUCAGAGAGGUCCGCUGGAAGACCGAGGUCAAACGCCGGUGGGCCCCCUCCACCCGUACCCCCGUCUCUCUCUCCGCUGAUCAUAUAUAG